AUGGCACCCUUCGACCUCGAUGCCUGUAUUCAGCAAGUACUGCGCAAGCAACUCUUGCACGAAGCACUCUUACGCGAAAUAUGCACCAAGACGAAGGAGGUGCUCAUGAGGGAGUCAAAUGUUGUGCACGUCAGCGCUCCGGUGACCGUCGUUGGCGACAUUCACGGGCAGUUCUACGACCUGAUAGAGAUAUUCAGAAUAGGCGGAUAUGCGCCAAAUACCAACUAUCUGUUCCUGGGCGACUACGUCGACCGUGGACUGUUCAGUGUUGAGACAAUAUCGCUUCUGACGUGCCUCAAGUUGCGGUAUCCAGACAGAGUGCAGCUUAUCCGCGGAAACCACGAGUCGCGGGCGGUUACUCAGAACUAUGGUUUCUAUACCGAAUGCAUGAGGAAAUAUGGCUCGAGCCAUGCGUGGACGUAUUUCACCGACAUGUUCGACUUCCUCACACUUUCUGCGGUUAUUGACGACCGAGUAUUUUGUGUCCAUGGCGGACUCUCUCCUUCCAUCCACUCGAUUGACCAAAUCAAAGUCCUCGACCGAUUCCGUGAAAUACCGCCAGACGGGCCAAUCGCUGACCUUGUCUGGUCUGACCCAGAUGCGGAGAAGGAGGACUUUGCUAUUUCUCCCCGGGGGGCGGGCUACACAUUCGGCUCGGGUGUCGUCCACAAGUUCCUCGAAAUCAACAACAUGUCGCAUAUCCUCCGCGCCCACCAGCUCUGCAUGGAGGGUUAUACUUCCCUCUUCGACCGCCAUCUUUCCACCGUCUGGUCGGCCCCCAAUUAUUGCUACCGUUGCGGCAACUCCGCCAGUAUACUCGAAGUUGGGCCUGGCGGCAGCAUGUACUUCAACGUGUUUGAAGCAGCGCCAGAAAACGACCGCGACGGGCCCAGCCAGCAAGCGGCACAGAACGCUAAUGGAAAAUUGCCUGAGUAUUUCCUGUAG